CAGAUCUGCCUCUGCCUCUUCAUUUCGAUGCUGUUGCUUGUGGUGCCGAUAGCCCUUGGCCUCCUCGGCUGGGCAUCGGCGUUUCUCCCCUCCCCCUCCCACCCCGCAUCAUCGUCACCUCUCAUCCGGCAUGUGCCCGACGCCCUCGCCAGGGCGAGACCGCUGCACGCGACGGUGACGGAGAUGGACCUUUCAGACAAGAAGACCUUGGGGGACGCCAAGUUCGCUGAGUACAAGGCGAGCGUGGCCGAGCCGAUGACCAUCGUCAACUACUGCACCAGCUGGGAGGACAACUGCAAGGCGCUGACACAGGCCAUCGACAAGACCGACCUGCCCGACACGCAUGUGCUGCGUCUGCCGGUCAAGAACUCUCUGCUGAUAGCCAAGAGCAAGCAGGCGCGGCGGCGGCAGACUCGGAUGCUCAACAACAUGAAGCAGGUGCGGCACCACCAGAACGCCAUAAAGAUCAUGCUGGAGCAGGAGAUCUCCUACGGCACGGGGGACGUGCCGACCCUCCAGUUCAUCAAGAAGGGGUCCGACGAUGUGGUUUAUGAGGUGAAUGGCGCCACGGCAGCCAAGCUGCAGGCCAUCUGUGAGGGCUCGGACGCGCCGGCGGAGGUCAAGGCGGUGCUGAGCAAGCUGGCGCCCGUGAUUGCUGAGGAGCACCAGGCCAUCCAGGAGGCCAAGCCGAAACCCAAGGACUACGGCUACGUGUAUUACAAUCCCAAGUUCAGGCCAGCUGUGAGAUAGACAGACAGACAGACGGUCGUGGGGGCCGUCAUGUUACUACUGUUGGUCUGUCAAUGAAGCUGACUGACUGGGUGGAUGAGUGGUGGGUGGGUGGGCGUGGCUGUGGGUGCCACUGGAUGAUCGAUCUGUCUCUUGUGACACUGAUAGACUGGUGUGUCUGUGUCUGUCUGUGGGAGUGAACGAUAGGGCGCCAGUGCGUGUCCAUGGGGAUUCAGCUUCUUUCCCAGGGCAGCCAGUGACGGCCGACAAGGACCCCUCAGAGAGGCAUGGACGGCUCAUGUCUGACUGACCCCUCUCAUGCAACUCAGUUGUAUUGAUGCGGCCGUGAAUGAACCAAGUUCAGUCAUCAUAAGUGCCUGCCUGCCUG